UCCAGUCGGACGCAAGAGCACUGAACACACAGUGGUCGCCCGGGCCAACAAAAUUUGUGGUGAAUAAUCGGGUUAUUUUAAAAAUGAACUAACUGGUGUGAUUUACAUAACCCGAACCGCCGACCUCGCUUCAGAAUGGACCCGGACCACAGAGCUCUCCUUCGGACGCACCGGCUAGAACUGUCCGGUCAGCUACUGGUCAGCGACACUAUCGUUCCGCUUCUGUACCAGGAGGACAUCCUGUCGGAGGCUCAGGUGGAGGAGGUCGAGUCUCAGCCCACCAACAGGCACAAGUGUCUGAAGCUUCUGGACCUCCUUCCGAACCGCGGGCCGCGGGCCUUCGACUGCUUCCUGCGCUCCCUUAAGGACUUUAGCUGGGUCAGAGACAAGCUGCUGCUGGAGCUCCAGACGCCGACGGGACCAGCAACGGCAGACCUCCGGCUCCCGGACUCAGUUCUGCAGGAGGUUCCUUCGGACCGGGUCUUGUCCCGGCUGGCGUCCCGGCUCGGCUCCGAGUGGGAGUUGGUCCUGAUGGAUCUUGGUUUGUCUGCUGAGGACUUGUUCCGGUGUCGGUCCGACCACCGCCUCAGUACUCACGCAGCGGUUCUGGCCGGUCUGGUUCAGUGGAGACGAUGUGGGGGGAAGACGGCCACGGUCCAAAGACUCGCCAAGAGUCUGCAGGAGGCCGGCGUCCAUCCGUCCGUCCUGGAGGAAGUUCUGCUGUGACCCGUGAUGGACUAUCAGUUUAUUAUAUAACAUAGUAUUUGAUAAAGUUUAGUUCAUUUUUAUUUUAGAAUAAAACUUUCUUUUAAUUUAAUGUCUUGACUUUGUGACGUCAUGACUCAACAGCUGCUGAAAAUCAGUUUUGAGGUUUUUGUCUGAAGAUUUAAAUGUAAUUAUCUUUUUGUGAAUUUAAGUAACUUUACUUUCUUAAUAUGUUCUUAAAUGUUAUUUCUUCUUCAAUAUAAUGACGUUUACGGUGUAGUUCAAUAGUUUCACUUUCUAACCCGUUAAGGUCUUUUUCAGCCUCAACUGUUGAUUUACAAUAAUAUGAUUCAUAUGAGACUAAAAAGCAGAAUGAUCUCAGAUCAAAAGGGUAAAUUUAGGAAUAUAUAUAUAUAUAUAUAUAUAUAUAUAUAUAUAUAUAUAUAUAUAUAUAUAUGAAUGUAUGGAAUUAAAAUCAGCUAUUUAAUAAACACAGUUUUAUAUUUUAUUUAUAUAUUCAUUGUAUGUGUGUGUUAAUAAAAGUGAUAUUAUUAAUAUAGUUGUAAUAAUAAGUAAAACUAUGAAAAAAGAGGUUACAUUGUUAAAAAAAGUUGAUUUUGAAAAACAUUCACACACACUUACAUCCUCCAUGAGAGUAACAGGUUACACAUUCAUGUAAAUAUGAGAAUCUGAAACAUUAAAUACAAUGUUUAUGAAA